AUGAGAAGGCCACCGUUGACCCGGGCUCGUUCCCACCUCCCACCGAGGACGAGAGCGGGUUGGUUCUCAGCGUCGACUGGACCAAGGAGGAGGAGGCACGAGCGAAGAGAAAGUAAGUUUUGGCACUACUGCAUGCUCCCCUGCGCCCCACCUGCCGGACGACACCUAGAUAGCCGGCCACUAACACCGUCCCACCUAAGGCUCGAUCUGAUCAUUAUGCCCCUGCUCACCCUGGGCUUCUUCUGCCUGCAACUCGAUCGUGGAAACAUCUCCAACGCCAUCACCGACAGCUUCUUCGAGGAUGUCGGCAUCACCCAGAAUGAGUUCAACGUCGGUCAGCAGAUGCUGUCUCUCGGCAUCGUGCUCUUCGAAAUCCCAUCCAACAUGAUUCUCUACCGCGUCGGCCCCGGCAAGUGGCUCACCCUGCAACUCUUCCUCUUCGGCACCGUCUCGACCUUCCAAGCUUUCCAGAACAGCUAUGGCUCCUUCAUUGCCACCCGUCUGCUGCUUGGUAUCACCGAGUCUGGUUUCAUUCCCGGCGGUCUCUGGACGCUCUCGACCUGGUACACGCGCGCUGAGACGGCCAAGCGCGUCAUGUUCUUCUACUUUGGUAACCAGUUCGGCCAGGCUUCUUCCAAGCUGUUGGCCUAUGGUAUUCUUCACAUGGGAGGUGUUGGCGGAAAGGCUGGAUGGUUUUGGCUGUUUGUGCUCAUGGGUGGCUUCACCAUUCUCUGCGGCUUCGUUCUUGGUUUCUGCCUCCCCGAUUCGUUCCGCAACCCCUGCCCGGCCUUCCUGCCAGGCAUGAGCUUCUUUACCAAGAGGGAGCUUCACAUUCUUCAGACCCGUGUCCUUCUCGAUGAGCCGGCCAAGGGCAAGAAGAAAAAGUCCAUCAAGAUUGAUGCCUUCAAGAGAGCCUUCUCCAACUGGCGCCUCUGGUCUCACGUCAUCAUCACCCUUUGCAACAACGGUCCUCAACGCGCUUUUGACACCUACUCUCCCACAAUCAUCUCUGGUUUCGGUUACAAGAAGCUUCAGGCCAACGCCAUGGCUUCCGUCGGUCUCUUUCUGCAGAUUCCCACCUCGUGGGCUUUCUCCUGGACCGUCAUUGCUGGCAUGUCCUGCCAUCUGUUCGGCUACGUCUUGAACCGCAUCUUCACCGACCACCCCAGACUCCAGGGAGCCCGUUACUUUGGCGUCGUCUGGACCCAGACUUUUGGCACCUUCAGCCACCCUCUCAACAUUGCCUGGAUGUCGCUCACCUGCGAAGAUUCCGAAGUCCGUGCUCUGGCCAUGGCUAUGGUCAUCAUGGGCGCCAACACUGCCGGUAUUUAUGGUGCGCAAAUCUUCCGCUCCGAGGACUCCCCCUUUUACCGCCGCGGCUUCACCGUGGCCUGCUGCGUCCUCGCCGUCGGCCUCCUCCUUGCCGUCGUUCGUUUUGUCGACGACAAGAUCCACAAGAGGAAGCACAACACUGUCCAGCUCGCCCACGGUGGCGGCGAGACGAGCGAUGACGGCUCCAACGGCGAAAAGGGCAUCUCUGCUCUGGAGCGUGCCGCCGGUGUCACCGUGCCAGUGGAUGAUGAUGUUAAGAGGGCACUGAAGAACUAA